AUGGCCGCCCCGGUCCUGGCCCCGAUCACGCGGCAGGUCAGCGGCCGCACCGCCACGGUCCCGGUCCCGGGCGGCCCCGCGCGCGGGCAGCCACUGGCCGCCGCCGUGGCCGGGCUUCCCGUGCUGGACUCGGACGGGAGGCGGGUGCCGUUCGGCGCGCUGUUCCGGGAGCGCCGGGCCAUCGUGGUCUUCGUGCGGCAUUUCCUGUGUUACACCUGCAAGGAGUACGUGGAAGAUCUGGCCAAAAUCCCCAGGAGUUUCUUACAAGAAGCAAAUGUCACCCUUAUAGUGAUUGGACAGUCAUCCUACCAUCAUAUUGAGCCUUUCUGCAAACUGACGGGGUAUUGUCAUGAAAUCUACGUUGAUCCUGAGAGAGAAAUUUAUAAAAGAUUGGGAAUGAAAAGAGGUGAAGAAGUUACCUCCUCAGAACCGAGCCCCCAUAUAAAGUCAAACAUCCUCUCAGGAAGCGUUUGGAGCCUGUGGCGGGCGGUGACCGGCCCUCUUUUUGAUUUCCAAGGAGAUCCAGUUCAGCAAGGCGGGACCCUCAUUGUAGGUCCAGGUCACGACAUCCAUUUCAUACACCGUGACAGGAACAGAUUGGAUCACAAACCCAUCAACUCUGUUUUACAGCUUGUGGGAGUCCAGCAGGUGGACUUCACAGGCAGACCUUCAGUUAUCCAUGUGUGA